UCUAUCUAUCUUUUUCUCUUACUCCUUCUUCUUCUUGUGUUAAGAAAAAUGUCAGGCACUGUCUAUAUCAAUGCCGCAUUCCCUUCAUCAAUGCCAUUCCAAGUCUAUUUCUUCAUGAAAAACAAGUACGUGAGGCUGUAUUACACUCCCGGAACAACAGGUGAGGAACUUCUGACUCCUCUUGAAUUGGUUAGUGCUGGUUUUCCAUCACUUGCAGGAACGCCAUUUGCAGAACAAGGAAUAGACUGUGCCUUUAACACUGAAGGCAGUGAAGCAUAUAUCUUCUCGAACAAGACCUGUGCCUACAUAGACUAUGCUCCAAACACAGGAAACGACAGGAUCCUCGUAGGUCCUACCACAAUCGCUGAAAUGUUUCCCGACCUAAAAAACACGGUGUUUGCUGAGGGCGUGGAUGGUGCAUUUAGGUCAACCAGAGACAAAGAAGUUUACAUAUUCAAGGGAAAUCAGUAUGCUCGCAUUGAUUAUAAUACCAAGAAACUUACUCAGCGCUUUUAUGAGAUCAGCGAAGGGUUCCCUGUUUUGAAAAGUACGAUCUUUGAAAAUGGAAUUGAUGCGUGUUUUGCUUCUCAUUUGGAGAAUGAAGUCUACCUUUUCAAAGGAGACGAGUAUGUGCGUAUGAAAGCCGACCCACAUGGAAGUCAGGACACACUUCUGGGUGAUGUGACUCUUAUCGUUGAAGGUUGGCCAGUCCUUAAAGGCAUUUUGCCAGUCACCGAUUGAAGGGAUUCACUCUCAUGAAUCACCUUACCUUCUUCAUCAGUAUGAUCAGAUGUUAAAAAACAUCAUAGUAUGUUGCAAAAAUAAAGUUUUCAUUGCCAAAGUGUGUUUCUUUCUCUUUAAUAUGUAACAUUAGGAUUAUUGGAUGCUUCUUUCUUUUCCUAAUGUUACAAGUCUAGAUUUUGGUUUUCCUCUUCUGUAAGUGGUUGUUUCUUUCCUAUAUCUUCAUGUAAUUUGUAUGCUUAAUUCUAUAAGUUAUUAAAAGUGUGACAUG